ACGCGCGGCCCCUCUUGUUUUUCAUUAAGCGGUGUCGUUUCCCAUGCCGCGGUACCGCCGAGCUUCCUUGCGGUAGCGUUUUACCUCUCCGCGACGCCGCUUAACUCUAAACGACACCGUUUUUUACCCGCGGUAUCGGAUUAAAUGCCGAGACUAAUUAAUGCGGCAUUUAAUUCCGGCCAAAUUAAUUUUAGGUGUCAAGGGGCGAAAAUCACAAUGAUUUUCGCGUGACAGCUCAACACUCAGAAGUAAGCUGCUGCUAGCUAGCUACUUACUUCAAUGGGAGAAAAGCACAAACAGCAUGCAUCUUUUUCAUUCCCCCAAACUCUUCUCAACCAUCACCCGACGACAGCCCUCCACGUGUAAACCCCCCAAAAUUAACGAGAUUAACGACCGUCUGUCAACUGGCGGUGACAGCUCAUCACAGCCGUCCGAUCACCCACCAAGAUAGGUCCCAAAUCGGACUCAUAGUAGAAUAAGAAUAUAACCAGGACCAGGUAAGCAGCAACCUCAACCUGUCUCCUUUCGUUAACAAAUUAUACAAAAAAUUCCCAUUUCCUGCCGACUCUAUUCUUCUUUCUUUGCCUGGCCUCUCUCUGAUGUGUUUGGUGGUCAUUUUACCUGUUACUCUCUCUUCACUUUCUCAUUCGUUGCCUGCCUUUUCAGUUAUUCCUCUCUCUCUCGCCUUCUUCACUCGUCCUCUCCAUUCCAAUCAAUGGUAUCCUUUCUUAGGUUACAAGAUUUGAUCUUCUCCACCAUUAAUCUCAUCCUCUCCGCUCUAGCUUGCUUCUCCUUCUUCAUUUACCUAUCCAUUAGCUAAUACCAAUACUGUUUGUGUGUGUUUCCCCCCCUCCUGAAAAGCUGAUUUGCCCUUUUCACUUUCUCCCCAGUUUUUCCUCUUGUUUUCCAGUGGAAGUCAAUGCUUUUUCCUUCCUAAUUUCGCUUCCCAUUCAGUUCUGAGAUUCGUCAUUGGCCGGAGCAAAGCAGAGUCAUUGACCUUGACCUUAUUGGUUACUUUUACUACCCAGAUUGUGAAAAAAAGCACACCUUUUGCAGUUCCCACCUUGAAUUCCUCCAAUUCAGGGCUAGGGUUUGGUGGGUUCUCGAUGUUUGGCCAAUUGGGUAGAUGGGAUUUUGUGGGGGGAGGGGAAAGUCUCAAGCUUUGCCUCUAAUCUUCUGUUCCCUGCUGUGAUUUUUUGGGGGUUUGAGAGCGUAGCUUUAUCUUAGUUUGUUCAGAAGCCUGUAAUGUCGAUGGACGAUAAGGAGGAAGAUGGAUGCGAUACCAAGCCUUUGAUAAGUAAAGAUGGCGAUGAAGUUGAGAAUCAAGGGGACGGUGGGGAAGAAGAAGAGGAGAGCGAGUCCAAUUCCUUGUUGGCUCCGAGGAAAGGUGGGAUGUCCAGGAAGUCGGAAAAGGUGCGGCGGAGUGUUCAGUGGAAUGAUAAAAAUGGGCAAAAGCUUGCCGAGAUUCUCGAGUUUGAACCCAGUGAUGCUGACUCAGAUGACGAGGAUUCAGAUGCUUGUAUGUGUACCAUAAUGUAGAUAUCAUCUCACCACCACCACCACCACCAAGUAACGCAGUACUCAGCAAUCUCUAGAUGACUAUUGACUACUAGAGAACAUCACAAAACCACACUCUCCUGUGCGGCUACAAUUUUGACAGUCCUCUGGUGGAAUCAAAGGUCCAAAUUCUU